UCCACAAUAAACAGCAUGCAAAAGCAUGGAACCUGAUGUGGUCCCUCCCUUACGCAAUCAAAAUUCCUGGCCUCACCUCCAAUCCGUAUAUAAACAAACAAUCGCAAGCUCAAAACCAAACAUCCACAAAAAUCAAUUUGCCUGGAAACCCUAGCUUCUCUUAUUUAUUUUCUCUUUCUUUUUCUCGAUCCUUCGAUUUCAGCUUGCAGGUGCUGCUGCUAUCAGCUGAGUUCCAAGGUGCAGUGUGUAAAAGUUCAAAGUUUCUUUUAUGUCCAUACAGGCCAUUCCCUAUUUGGGAUCGAUUGGGUUGUGUGGAGAGUGUUGUCCUUCAGUUAGAAAAAAGAUCAGACCUUUUUCAGACAAAUUUGGCUUUAUGCAUCUUGGAUCAGUUCAAGAACACCCAGAUUUUCAUGGUUGCAGCUGGUUGCAACCUUUUGUGAUUGCAGAAGAUCAGUUAUCUCUCAUACCUUACGAAACUUUAGAAGACUUAACUGCUUCUUAUACCUUGAGUUCCAGCAUUUGCUGCCUGUGACAUUCAGCUAUUUUGUUUUAAAUCGUUGUUGAAGAUGGCUUUGCAGAACAUCGGUGCUGGAAAUAGCGAUGAUGCCUUCUACAGGUAUAAGAUGCCCAAAAUGAUCACCAAGAUUGAGGGCCGAGGAAAUGGCAUCAAAACGAACAUAGUCAACAUGGUUGAUAUUGCAAAGGCAUUGGCAAGGCCUGCUUCUUACACAACCAAGUAUUUUGGCUGUGAGCUUGGUGCUCAGUCUAAAUUUGAUGAUAAAACUGGGACUUCUCUUGUUAAUGGAUCCCAUGAUACUGUUAAGCUUGCUGGACUUCUUGAGAACUUCAUCAAGAAAUAUGUGCAGUGUUAUGGCUGUGGAAACCCAGAAACUGAAAUAUUGAUAACUAAGAAUCAGAUGAUCCAGUUGAACUGUGCUGCAUGUGGUUUUGUUUCAAAUGUUGAUAUGAGAGAUAAGUUGACCACUUUCAUCUUGAAAAACCCACCUGAAGUGAAGAAGGGAGCAAAAGACAAGAAGGCAUUGAGGAGGGCUGAAAAGGAGCGACUUAAGGAAGGUGAGGCUGCAGACGUAGAGCAGAAAAAACUGAAGAAAGAGGGAAAAAAGAAAGGCACUUCUGCUAAGGAAGGCACCAGUAAAGUCAGCUCUAUAAAGAAGAAAGUUGGUGGCUCUGAUGAUGAACACAUUUCACCACCUCACAGUCAAGUUGAUGAAAAGGAAGAGGUUGAUGAGGGUGAGGAUGAUGAUGUGCAGUGGCAAACUGAUACAUCACUAGAGGCAGCCCAGCAGCGAAUCCAGGAGCAAUUGAGUGCUGUGACAGCGGAUAUGGUCAUGUUAUCUACAAAUGAAUCAGAAAAUAAAACAAAAGUGACUAGUAAGGCAAGCAACAAUUCAAAUGGUAUGUCUUCACCAAGACAAGACAAUCACAAGGUCGAGAAUGGCAACUCAGACCUUCAUGAAACCCUAGUUGAGGAGUUGAAAGCAAAUUUGAAGAAAGGUGCUUCUGCAAAUCAAUUUAAGUCUCUCUUGUUUUCUCUUUCUGGUUCUGACCAGGAAAAGAUGAUUGCUCUGUUAGAGGCAAUAUUUGAUGGCAUCGGGAAAGGGUUUGCAAAAGAGGUAGUUAAGAAGAAAAGCUACCUUGCUGCCGCUGCUCAAGAUGAGAUAUCACAGCUGCUACUACUUAAAGCUAUAGUGUCAUUUUGGGGAAAGGCCAGCUCGAGUGCAUUGGAGGAAGUUGCUUUAGUUUUGAAGGCACUCUAUGAUACUGAUGUGUUGGAGGAGGAGUACAUACUGCAAUGGUACCAAGAAGGUCUGAAGGGUGAUAACAAAGGCUCUCAGAUAUGGAAGAAUGCUAAGCCUUUUAUUGAUUGGCUUCAGAGUGCAGAGUCAGAAUCUGAAGAGGAAUGACAUGGUAACUCUUUCUUGCAGGUGGUUGCUGCCAUGGUUGUGUACUUGCAUUUUUUAAGGUGUUUUAUGCUACUAAGAAUAAGAGUGGUCAAUGAGUAAAUUUAAAGUUUGUUUUAGUUAUUUCAUGGAGUGUCGUUUUGUGUUUCUAGUGUUUAAUAUUUGGGUUUUGAUCCCGGAUGUCACCGGUCACAUUGUUGAUUUGGUCUUGGACGGUUGAAUAUUGUUAUCAAAAGUUCCUUCAAGUUAAUUACAUUCUUCCUAAUCAUUUAAGUGUCCGGGGCAGAGCAAAUG